GUAGGUGUGCGCAUGCCCGCAUUCAGAAGGCGAAUGCGGUACUGAAAACAAGGAUCGCUGGAGAUACAAGGCGGUGAGCCGGUCAGACCAAACAUAUUGCUCUGUUGAACGAAACAUACAUCUCACCCAGUUCAACGUGAGUGUCAGAACAAGCUAAUGAAAUAGAGGAGACACCAUAGGAUGAACUGAGGGCCCUGCUGGAGAGACUGCCGCUGGCCUUCGAGGGAUCCCGGCGCGAGGACCAGGAACUGACAGCUUCACCUCCACCUGCUGCACCAUGGUGCUGUCCCAAAGACAGAGGGACGAGCUGAACCGAGCGAUAGCGGACUAUCUCCGCUCCAAUGGCUACGAAGAGGCUUACUCCGUCUUUAAGAAGGAGUCUGAGAUGGAUAUGAACGAAGAGCUGGAUAAGAAAUAUGCCGGACUUUUAGAGAAAAAAUGGACCUCUGUCAUCAGGCUACAGAAGAAGGUGAUGGAAUUGGAAUCCAAGCUGAAUGAAGCGAAAGAGGAGAUCACUCUGGGGGGGCCCAUCACGCAGAAGCGGGACCCCAAGGAGUGGAUCCCGCGCCCCCCAGAGAAGUACGCUCUGAGCGGCCACCGCAGCCCCGUCACCCGGGUCAUCUUCCACCCCGUCUUCAGCGUCAUGGUGUCCGCCUCCGAGGAUGCCACCAUCAAGGUGUGGGAUUAUGAGACGGGGGACUUUGAGCGCACGCUGAAGGGACACACGGACUCUGUACAGGACAUCUCCUUCGACCAGACCGGGAAGCUGCUGGCCUCCUGCUCCGCUGACAUGACCAUCAAACUCUGGGACUUCCAGGGCUUCGAGUGCAUCAGGACCAUGCAUGGACAUGACCACAAUGUGUCGUCUGUAGCCAUCAUGCCCAACGGAGACCAUAUAGUGUCGGCCUCCAGGGACAAAACCAUUAAGAUGUGGGAGGUAGCAACGGGGUACUGCGUGAAGACGUUCACGGGGCACCGGGAGUGGGUGCGCAUGGUGAGGCCCAAUCAGGAUGGCUCGCUGCUGGCCAGCAGCUCCAACGACCAGACGGUGCGGGUGUGGGCGGUGGCCUCCAAGGAGUGCAAGGCGGAGCUGAGGGAGCACGAGCACGUGGUGGAGUGCAUCUGCUGGGCCCCCGAGAGCGCCCACCCCACCAUCCUGGAGGCCACGGGGUCAGAGGUGAAGAAGAGUGGGAAGCCGGGCCCCUUCCUCCUGUCAGGAUCCAGAGACAAAACCAUCAAGAUGUGGGAUGUGAGCACGGGCAUGUGCCUUAUGACCUUGGUCGGCCAUGAUAACUGGGUGCGGGGUGUGCAGGUUCACCCUGGCGGCCGCUUGGUGCUGAGCUGUGCUGAUGAUAAGACUUUACGCAUCUGGGACUACAAGAACAAGCGCUGCAUGAAGACUCUGUGUGCCCACGAGCAUUUCGUCACCUCUCUGGAUUUCCACAGGUCAGCGCCGUACGUCGUCACUGGCAGCGUAGAUCAGACUGUAAAAGUGUGGGAAUGCCGCUGAUCAUCUCUGCCAGGCCACGCCCACGCCCCGCCCCGCCGGAUGCCCUCAGUCCCCCCAUGGUUACGCCCAUCGAUCUCUGUUUAAAAUAACUAUCGUCCUUUUAUGUAAAUUAUUCUCGAUGUAGAUUGAGCUAUUAAAUGUUACACGGAAAAAAAAAGUAUUCUUGCAUGGUGAAUCCAAAAUUGUAUACU